AUGGUAGCAGUUUCUGGUGCGGUGGAUCCGGCCACAAUCUUAGUGACGAUUUCCAAGCUUAAGAUAAUGACGGAGCUUGUGUCUUACAAGAAGGACCCUCGCGGUGCCAAAAAGAAAAAGCAAGCACAAGAAUUGAAGAAAACUCAAAAUCAUCACAAACACGAAGCCAACGACGCCAAAAAGAUUGAUCACCACGAUUCGAAAUCAAAAUCACAUUCAGAUUCAGAUGAUGAUGAUACUGAUGAAUGCCACGAUGAUCAUAGGGCACAUAAAAGUAGUAAGCACAAAAUGAAUGGUCCAAUUCUUUCACCCCACGCCAAGGACUAUUUUCCCAAGCCAAGACCAGAAUUUGGACCUCCGAGGCCAUAUGGCCUUCAAAACCAUUGGGCACCAGGGAUGAUGCAUGGGAGGCCACCGCCAGGUCCACCACCGGUAUUGCAAUUGCCGCCGCCAAUGCAACCACAUGGGUACGGUUAUGAUUAUCGCUCGAAUAUGGUUCUGAUGCCACGUCCGCCGCCGCCAAUGCAACCACAAGAGUACGGUUAUGAUUAUCGCUCGAAUAUGUUUCCAAUGCCACGUCCGCCGCCGCCCCCGCCACAUAUGUAUCCUUAUUAUCAUCGGCCAAAGGAUCCCCCGGUUGGUAACUCCAUGAUCCAUUAUUUCAGCGACGAUAACACUAGUAGUGCUUGCACGAUAAUGUAA